AUGCCCAAAUUUCCUGUUUUUUUCAUCUCUCAUGGAGGACCUAAUCUUUUAGAAGAUCAAGCUAGGCCCGGGCAUUUUUAUAGCUGGCUUGGUAAUUAUUUAAAGAACGAGCUAAAACCAAAGGCAAUUGUUAUUAUUAGUGCACACUGGCAAGGUGAAGGCAGAGAGGGCGUAUUUGUUGAUACUUCUGAAAAGCCAAAGUUGAUUUAUGACUUUUAUAAUUUCCCUAGACGUUAUUAUGAGGAGAAAUGGGAUCAUAAAGGUUCACCUUCUAUGGCUAAUCGUGUUAUAGAUUUAUUAAACAAGUCUGGAUUCAAUGCAAUAGGACAAAAAUAUGGUAACGACCAUGGUGUCUGGGUGCCUUUAAAACGUGCAAUGGAAUCAAAUCCUGAUAUUCCAAUUGUGGAAGUGUCUACAUUAGCUCAUGAAAACAUGCAAAUGCAUAUAAAGAUGGGUGAAGCACUAGCACCUUUAAGAGAUGAAGGUGUAGUUAUUAUUGGUAGUGGAAGUGCUGUGCAUAAUUUAAAUCAGCUUUGGACCUUUGGUAAUGGCCCUUCACCUAGAUUUGUAGUAGACUUUGAUCAUGAAUUAGAAAAAAUAGCUUGUGAUUAUGUAGACCAAGAACGUAAAGAAAAGAGUAGUGAAUUAAAUAAGCAUCCUAACUUUAGAAAAUGUCAUCCUACAGCUGAGCAUCUUGUACCAUUUCAUGUUGCUUUAGGUGCUGCUGGUAAUGAUAAAGGAAAAAAAUUACUAGAAGAUUACUUCUCUACACUUAGUUGGAGCUCAUUUGGAUUUGGUUUACCAACUGAUAUUAAAUUACCCAAGUAUGAUUCAAGCAAGACUGCAUUUUAA